AUGGCAUUUCCGAAUGCAAGCAAGAAGAAUCGGCCGACCCUGAAGGUCGGCGACCUGUGCUACGCGCGGGUGAGCAGCGCGGAGAAGGACCUGGAGGCGGUGCUGGAGUGCAUGGAUUCAAGCACCGGCCGCGAUGCGGGGUUCGGGCAGCUGGACGGCGGAAUGGUGGCCGAGGUGUCGCUGGGGUUCGCGCGGGAGCUGCUACUCAACGAAGCGUUCCCGCUUUUACCGGAGAUGGCUCGGCACGCUCAGUUCGAGGUGGCUAUCGGUGUGAACGGUAAAAUAUGGGUGAAGGCUGAAACGGUGCGCACUACGCUGUGCUGUAUCAGGGCCAUCGAGGCCUGCCAGGAGCGUCCUCAGGCGGAGUUCAAAACAACAGUGAAACGGGUGUUCAAGGAACUGAGAGAGGGAACGGAGUAG